UCAUGAUUAUUUAAUAUGAGUUAUAUGAUCCGAUUCUUUAUCAUUGCAGCUACGACCACGUCCACAACCACUACCACAACUAGGACCACCACGACCACAACACCCCCUGGAACAACUACGACCACCACACCCCCUGGAACAACUACGACCACCACACCCCCUGGAACAACUACUAGUACGACCGCUCAAACCACUACAGUCCCAAGAAAUACUACGACUCAAGUACCAGGAAAUACCACCACACAAGUACCAGGAAAUACCACCACACAAGUACCAGGAAAUACCACUACCCAAGUACCAGGAAAUACCACCACACAAGUACCGGGAAAUACCACCACACAAGUACCAGGAAAUACCACCACCACACAAGUACCGGGAAAUACAACCACUCAAGUACCGGGAAAUACUACGACUCAAGUACCAGGAAAUACCACCACACAAGUACCAGGAAAUACCACCACCACACAAGUACCGGGAAAUACAACCACUCAAGUACCGGGAAAUACUACGACUCAAGUACCAGGAAAUACCACCACACAAGUACCAGGAAAUACCACCACCACACAAGUACCGGGAAAUACAACUACCGGAAAUACAAGCGCCAUUUCUAAUUUGGCUGGAAGAGUCAAAACUCUCACUGACCUCCAGGCAAGUCUCGUCAAUGUGUCGAGCGAGAUCCAAGCGUCGACACUUGUUGUCAACAACAUCAGCUCAUCAGUCAAUGGCAGGAGACACCGGAGGAGCGUCAUCUUCCUUGACGAUUUCAAAUCGCUGCUGGACGAAGUCGAAGCAGCCACGGACAGCAACGACACUGCGCAAUUGACUGGCCUUGCGCAGAGAUUGAAUUCCCAGAGAAAGUACCUGGAGAAGCUCGCCGGUGACGUGAAGAGUAACAACACCCUGGCCAUUGAAGUAAGGGGCAGGAUUCCGACUGUGAUCGUGAAGAUCCAAAACACAACAGUCAAGAUAAAGAGAAAGGACGACGAGAUAAUGGUCGAGGUUGACCAGCUCCAGCAACAGAUUGCGCAGCUGGGAGGAACUACGGUCGCCUUCUCAACAGCCAACAUUCCGGUUGUGACAACAGCUCCUCUCGGAGGAAGCACUACUGUUGGAGGAAUCACUACCGUUGGAGGAAACACUACUGUUGGAGGAAUCACUACCGUUGGAGGAAACACUACUGUUGGAGUAAUCACUACCGUUGGAGGAAACACUACUGUUGGAGUAAUCACUACCGUUGGAGGAAACACUACUGUUGGAGUAAUCACUACCGUUGGAGGAAACACUACUGUUGGAGGAUUCACUACCGUUGGAGGAAACACCACUGUUGGAGGAUUCACUACCGUUGGAGGAAACACCACUGUUGGAGGAUUCACUACCGUUGGAGGAAACACCACUGUUGGAGGAAUCACUACCGUUGGAGGAAACACUACCGUUCGCACUACCGUUGGAGGAAACACUACCGUUGGAGGAAACACUACCGUUGGAGGAAACACUACCGUUGGAGGAAACAAUACUGCCCCUAUCAAUGCCAGUGCUCUGUCCCAAGAAGUCCAAACGUUUGUUCGAUUGCAGGAAGAUCUCGUCAAUGUCGCGACUGAGAUCGAUGAAGCGACGACCCUCUUGAAGGAAAUCCAAAACUCGAUCGGGCGGAGACGACGGCGGCGCCAAGUCAACGUCAUCGAUGAGAUCAUUUCAGUCUUCGAAUUGGUUGAAACGGCCCUCCGGGAGAACAACGGCACAGCUCUGAAAGAACUCCUGGGGAAAAUUAAAGUGCUGAAGGUGCAACUGCAGAAGAUCGCCACCGACGUCAAGAACAACGCCACGCUCGCCCAGGAGGUGCGAGUGAGCGUCGGAAAGGCUCUUGAGAAGUCCCAAGCGACCAAGGCCUCGAUCGCCAUGAAGGACAAAGAGAUCAAACAAGCGGUCGACGCGAUUCAGAAGCAGAUCGCGGAGGUGGGAGGAUCGACCGUCGUCUUCACAGAAGCCAACAUUCCCUUUGUGACGACAACUCCGUCUGCUGGAGGCGGAAGCACGACUGCUGGAGGCGGAAGCACGACUGCUGGAGGCGGAAGCACGACUGCUGGAGGCGGAAGCACGACUGCUGGAGGCGGAAGCACGACUGCUGGAGGCGCUUCAUCUGGAGGUGACACUUCAACUGGAGGAGGGUGA